AUGAUGUUUCUGGAGCUGCCGAAUGUGCAUAUAAAGAACAGAGGUCAGAACAAAAGCAAUCUUAUAAAAAAUGGUGUCUUAGGCGUGCCGGGUGGGUUGCUGUCGUAUGCUUAUACUGAUGCACAUUGCCUGCAUGUUUGGAUAAGGGUGAGCAAUCAGUGGAUACUUGCACGGAAGAUCACUUCAUGGUACCUUAUGAUUAACACUGCAAUUGCUUAUAGGAGUUUGGAGUGUUUCAGAGUUCAUAUUGGACCAAAUGAGCAUUCCUUGCUCUUUAAACCCGCAGGUUUUGACAAAUUUGAUCCAAGGUUGGUAUUUUUCAAGCUGCCUGGAUGCAUAAUUUCGUAUAACUUUCAGGAUGGGAAGAUUGAAACCCUUCAAUAUCACUCACCGGAACAGAAGGCUGAGGCCGUCUUACCUUGCGUUCUUCCACAAUUGCCUUUUACUGUGUGGAGUUUCAGGGCAUGA